UUGGCUGACACACACCCGUACACGCACACGCUUAAACGUACCUACUUUUGCGACUGGGCAGCUGUAAAAUAAUUUACUGAAUUUCAUUUUCAUUUGUUGCACGAUAUAAUCGUUGGUGUACUAACCAAAUACCGAACUCGGCGACAAUCUUAUCUCCACUCGUCUGACCGACUCGUCGGCAUACGGAUUAUUUGUUCACCUCUGUCGAUUACAUUUGUAGUCGCUGUAUACUUAAUAUUUUUAUUAGUUCUGCACGUUGUACGCCAUCAUUGAAUUUAGCAAUAUUGCAUCGUCGUGUGAUCAUUUUGAAACGACGUUGUCGGGACCCGGUAAUACUGGGCUAGUCAAAGAUUUCGAUCUUUGGCCAAGUCAACCGCGGAAGCGAACAAAAGUCGCUAAUAAAUUCUCCAUUAUUUCCGAGUCCCAGAAGGGUGACACCAUUUAUAUGAAGUUUCUCGCCACGGUAUCGCCAUCAAUAUCCAGAGCACGAUCUGGCAGUUAUAAAAAGCUCAUUGAGCCAUUUAUUGGCCCUGCUACAAGGUGCAUGAGUUCUUUAAAAUAUUUAGGGUUUAGUUUUCGACAUUUGUUGGAACAGGACAUCAAAAUACUGCAGCAAUCAACACAGAAAAUCACAACCAUUCAGGGAAACGUGACAGGUUAUACUUAAAAUAAGAAUUGAAUAUCUGCAACCAUGGGUAGCGUAAAUGUUAAUCGGAAUGUCAGUGAUGCAUUCUAUAGAUAUAAAAUGCCUAGACUCAUGGCUAAAGUUGAAGGCAAGGGCAAUGGAAUUAAAACAGUUCUUGUCAAUAUGGCUGAAGUUGCUAAAGCUAUAGGACGACCUGCUACAUAUCCUACCAAAUUCUUUGGUUGUGAGUUGGGUGCACAAACACAAUUUGAUUUCAAACAUGAUAGAUUUAUUGUAAAUGGUGCCCAUGAUGCUGGCAAACUUCAGGACUUAUUGGAUGGCUUUAUUCGUAAAUAUGUUUUAUGUCCAGAAUGUGAUAAUCCUGAAACAGAACUUAUGAUUAGUACAAAAAAAGGAACAAUACAUCAAGGGUGUAAAGCCUGUGGUUAUUAUGGUUCAUUAGAGUCUAAUCAUAAACUUAACGCUUACAUUCUCAAAAAUCCUCCUAAUUUAAAUCCAGCUGCUCAAGGAUCUUCUUUAACUGAAGGAAAACGUAAUAGACGUUCCAAAAAGGGUACUGAAAAUGGUGAAGGUGGAAGGUCUAGUUCUCCCGAGGAAAAUAAUUCUGAAUUAAUUGUAGAAGCUCCUGAAAAGUUGGCUGAAGAUAAGGAAGAUGAUAAUUGGGCUGUUGAUGUAUCAGAAGAAGCAGUUAGAGCACGAAUGCAGGAUUUAACUGAUGGGGCUAAAGGCUUAACCAUUGAUGAGGAUACUGAUAAAACUGAAAAAGAGAGAAUGGAUAUAUUUUAUAAUAAAGUUCAAAAAGCACGUGAUUCUGGUUCAAUAUUGGCCAAAGAACUUGUUGCCGAAGCGGAAAGAUUAGAGGUCAAAAGCAAGGCAACAUUAGUGUUGGCUGAAUUAUUAUUUGAUGAUAAAAUUCAUUUACAGUUGAAGAAACAUCGUGUCUUAUUCUUAAGAUUUUGUCAUGAAGAUCAAAAAGCACAAAGAUAUUUAAUUGGUGGUAUUGAACAAGUAAUUGGGCUUCACAAAAGCAUUUUAUUGCCCAAAGUUUCUGCUAUUUUAAAAUUAUUUUACGAUGCAGAUAUCUUAGAAGAAUCUGUUUUGUUGGAUUGGGCAAGCAAAAUCAGCAAAAAGUAUGUGUCCAAAGAGCUUAGUCAAGAAAUACAUAAUUAUGCCAGUCAAUUUAUUACAUGGUUGAAAGAAGCUGAAGAAGAAGAAGAAAGUGCUGAUGAAAGUGAUGAUGAAUUAGAGAUUGAGUAUAAUGACCGUGUUCAUUCAAAUACAUUGAAAGCCCAACCAGCUAUAUCUGUCGCUAAAACAACUGUUGCUGUUGAAGAUAAUGAAGAUGAUGUAGACAUCGACGCUAUAUAGAAUACAUAGAACAUAAUUAUUUUCAAGUUAUAAGUUUCAAAUAAAAAAAAUAGUUAAACAUAAUAAAUAAUAUGAUUAGUAGAAAUAGUAAUAAAUAUUAUUAAUCAAAUACACCAAAACAAUUAUCAUGAACUAAUUUUUAUUAAUAUAUAUAUUGUUAUUGAAUUUUACAAUACACGUAUACUUUUGGGAA